AUGGUUCGCUGUGUACCUGGCGGGUUCGCCGUGUACCUGGCAGGGCCAACGUUCCAUAGCCACCGUGACUGGUUCGAGGCCCGCACCGCCCACCCCCACGGCCGAAACACGGAGAUCGAGGCUAGCUUCCGGUUCGCGAGCAGGAGCCAAUCGGGCGCCUUGUCAUUGCCCCGUCGUGGCUGGAUGGAUGAAUGGCAUCCCGUCGGCCAGCCGGUCCUGCUUUCGAGACAUCGAAGGGGAGAGGAGAGGGAAGCCUCGGUGCAAGGGUGUGACUUUUGCAGCCAUGGAAUUGUCAACUACCGGGUCCCGAAGAGCACGGCCCACACUUCACACACACCACCACCACCAUCACCACCACCACCUUUACCACCACCACAGCAGUGGCAUCUGCCAAGGAUGAGAUCGGCGCGGACUGGACUUGACUGGCUCGGUGGGCGGCUGACAUUGACUUUGCUGAUUGAAAAAAAGGAAACACCACAUGGUCCCGCUAAGAGAAACAAGCCCACCAAACGGAACCACGAGCGAGGCCAACGCGACGGCAGCCACCGGAUCAUUGACAGGCACCCACCCUAG